CUUUCCUGACUUCCUCUCUGUAGUGUAAGUUUUCAUUUGUUAUUUCGUGUUCGUGUUGUGGUGGCGUGCGUGCGGUGGCGGGCUGGCCGGCGUCUUAGUACUGCCGGUGUUCUUGUUUGUGUUUUGUAGUGAUUUUAAUUGUUAAGUGUGAUUUGUAAGAACUUAAAACAGUUCUUACAAUUGUGUGUUUUUAUUUUGUUUUGGAUUGCACAUAUUUUAAAUAUGGUGCGUAUCAUAAACUGUUGUUUUGUAACUCGUUCAACACGAUUUGUUCGUAUUUAUGUUCGAAUUUUCAUUUCAGAGUUCACGCCAAGGCAAAUCUAAUGCAGAGUUUCUGAAUGAAAAUUCAAAUUCGAACAGUAAUAUGAGUGAGGCCAGCUUGAGUGUAUCUGGUGCAGAAGAUAGUUUAGAGCCAAUAUCUCAGAGUGAACAGAAAAUAUUCAUAUGACAGCUAUGAAAUUGAAGGCACUAAAAUAGUGGUAAAAAACAAGUAUAAGUAAGAAGAAUAUUUACUGCAAUCUGUCGAUUACAGUAUGCUCUGGCAAGUGUCAGCAUCAUAAGUAAAAUCAGUUGCUAUUUGCUGAUUAUGAAAUUGUAAAUAUUUCAUAUACUAUUUGUGCAAUUUUCUGAAAUCUUAUUUAAUUGAUCUUCCCUUCUCUGUACCAAAGAUUUUUUGGUUGAAGUCUGUAUGUCAGGGUGUACUUUUUAAAUUCUUUGAGGAGGAUUGUUUUUGACUUGGCAACAUGAGAAAAGAUAUUUCCUCAAAUAUUUGUAGUAUGUAUUAAUUUUCAAUUUUAAAUAAGCUUGCAUUUUAUAUCAUUGAUCUGAAUUCAAUAAUAAUUGUAAAGUUGUGUUGAUUUAAAAAUCUGCAGCAAUUGUACGUUCAUUUAUGUGAAUGAGAUUAUUUAGAAAUGGGAGGCAAACUGGUAAUUUAAGAAUGAAGUAUUUUUCUAAAAAAAUAUUGGAAUAGUAGAAUCUCACUUCAAAAGAGAAUUAAAUUUUUUAUCUCUUACUUUCUUGGAUGAUUGAUAUUUUGUAUUAUUUGAAGCAGCAUUUUUAAUAGAUGAACAGAAAGUUAAAGCAUUAAAUUGCACAGGAAUCAGUUGCAGCAUGAUAAAAAUUGUGAAGGUAUACAGGACAGCAGCCUGAAUAAAAAUCACUGUUGGUAUUUUUUUGACAAAUGUUUCGAUAUUUUUGUAAUAGCAUAUGUAACAAGGUUUUUCUGUUAAAACCAUUCUUAGUGGUAACUUAUGCAGUGUGUGUAUAAGAUCAUUGCAUUUUUUAUUUUUAGAUUUUAUUACAUGAGUAAUUAAUAUAACUGUUUAUUCCAUUGUGCCAUUUAGUGUGAUUAUGAUAGUGAAGUUCUUUUAAGCAUGAAUUACUAAUGAUUCAUUUUCCAAUUUUUAAGGUAAAAAAAUUUAAUAUUUAAAAGGACUUAGUUAAUAAAAUUGUCUAUAUUUGAUAAAAGCCAUCCAUAUUCUAGUGAUCAGAACCAAUGAUUUGCAGUACAAAACAUACAUUAUAAAUGUAAUUUAUGCCGUAUAAAGCCUGCAUCUUACUGAAAUGACUUCAUUGACAAUAUUAGUAAUGCAAUCAGAUAGACUAGCCUUUUGUAAUUCAUUAAUAAACUUGUGAAAUAUAAUUUUGUCAGUAUAAAUUGUAUAUUCUUGUAGAGUGUAUUUGUAUAAUCUAUUACAAAUGGUGAAUGUGUCAAUUUUUCUUGGAUGUCAACUUGUUCAGUCAAUAAAAAUAUAUAAAAAGGAUCUUGUUGGUUGACAACCUCGGUAAGGUCAAUUUAAUCAUGUAAUUACAGAUUAAAAUCUUAAAACUUCAAAGCCAAUUCGAAAAAUUAAAAGUGUAUUUUUAACAAAAAUAUAUUAACUAUAUGUGCAAAUAUUUUAGAGUACUGUAACAUGUUCCAGUACAGAAAUAAUGAAGUGCCUUAUUCUAACCCAAUUCCAGUAGGUUUUGCAUCAAUGUUAAAAAUGUUGGUAAUAUUUUGUAUUAAAGAUAAGGUUGUGUACUUUUACAUGUACUGGGUGAAGUUCAGAAUGAGUAACUGUUCUUUCUGUCUGUGAUUUAUGGGUUUUAUUAGCUAACUUAAAUAUUUACUUUUUAAACAAUGUUUGCUAGAGCUUCCAUAAACGUAUAGUAUAACAUAAACAUAUAGUGUGUGUGUUGUUUUGUGUUUUUAAGGGCAAUUCAUGACAUUUGAUAGUAUAGUAGAGAAUUUAUUUAUAGUUAAUUAUGCUUUGCCUUGUAUUUCCUAAGAAAAUCAUGUAAUAUUUCUGACAACCAAAGAGGUAUGAAAUAAAUUCUUAUUUCAUGAA